GAAUCGGACUCAACUAUAUAUAGCUCAUCCGCUUGACUUUCUCUUUUAGUUUGAUUGUCUUUGCUUGGGCUCCGCCAUCAUCAUCCUCUCAAGCCCCUUCGCGGCGAUCGUCGGUAGCUCCAUCCCGACCAUUCUCGCGCUGGCCGUCUCGUCAACCCAGGCUCUGGUGACGAGGCACGCAAAAGUAUACUGCAAUCAUGGCUCCAUCUACUAAGGCGCAGCCUAAGCCUGCAAAAUCUGCUUCCGGCCAGACAAAAAAGCAGCAUCCUGCGCCAGUGUCUACUGCUGCUGCUGCUCCGGCUCACCGACAACAUGUGGUUCCUGUUAUCCCGCUAACCCUGAUGAACAAACACCCCGAUAGCGCUAGAAACACGGCUGCCAAGCCUUCUCCCAAACAUGCGCCGAUUGUCGCCACCUCCAACGGUUUUCCUGCUUCUUCUCUCGAAGCUGCUCUCAUCUCCCGAGACCCGUUCCAUUCGGCCAAGAACUCUGAGAAUGAGAUUAAACGCCAGGAUGGAGGGGAGUCCACGCCGCCUGGCGUGUCCCCUCUCAAGGAAGAAGUCAGAAAUGAGCAACAACCCCAAUUGACCACUUCACGAGCAAACGGUGUCGACUACGCUACGAUGGGAUCUGCUCCCGGUGCUGAUGAUCAUGUGGCUCAAGGUAUAAAUGGUGAUCCUUCCUAUGCUACCCAGCCUCCUUCGGCGACAUCAACUACUAGACCCGAGCUUGCGCCCUCGUAUCCUACUCCGCUCCCGCUGCAGCACCAACAACAUAUGGCUGACCAACCUCAUCAUCCUGCCAUUUUCCAUGCUCCUCACCCUCACCACAUGCACCCUCACCAGCACAGGCACCAGAUUAGUAAUGGAGGCGGUAUUAUGUUCGGAGGUUUCGACUCUCAUACACCUUCUCCUGUACCUCCUCCUGGAGGCUUCAUGCCACCACCAUCUUCUCAUAUCAACGGCGAUAACCGUGCUCAUCCACGCCCUAAUGGUCAUCACCAUAGUCAGUCGAGUAGCAACGGCUUCCCUGCACCAAUCAACACCCAUUUCAGAGAUAUGAUGCCUAUGUCCACUAUUGAUGCAUAUGGAACAGCACCAACUCAUACUCCACCUGUUCACAUGGAGGCUUUCACGCCUGGUGCCGGUCGUUACGGUCCACCGACACCCCAUAGCUUUCACGGUUCCCACACCUCUGGUGAGCCUAAUGGGAUGGAUACCACCACGCUGCCUUAUCCUCCAAAUGGCACAUUUGCUUCUCAUCCGCGCCACGAGCAUCCUGCUGCUCACCCGCAUCCACCUGUCCCGUUUCCUCCGUUUAUGCCUCCACAUCUCCUUUCGAGACAAUUCAGCGCGCCUGAGGAUGAUGUCAUGGAAGGCAUCCGCUACAUUAGAAGCCAGUUUGAUAAUGGAGAGCUUGCUGAUUGUGUUCUGGAACUUAUAUCUGCCAAGGGCCGUCAUCAUCCCGUUAAGAUCAGUGGGCAUAAACUUAUCUUAGCGCGUAGCCCUGCUCUAAAACAGCAUAUCUUGAAUGCUCGCGCACAAGACCCUGGUUCCCAUACUAUCACCAUGGAGAUCGACGACUCAUAUAUGCGGUCGGAUGCCUGGUGGACGGCCGUUCAGCGCUUGUAUCAGCAUCCUCUUGUUCCACUCCCUCCUAUGUUAGGCCAUGCAGAUAAUGGAGUGGAUUUUGUUGGCAAUAAGGUCGACCGGUUCGGAUUUUGCUUGGGCUAUGCUGCGGCCGGUUCCAUUCUUUCAAUGCAAGAUGUGUUAGUUCGAGGUUUAGAAAUUGCUGGCAACACUCUCACAUGGGAUACCGUCGAAAUGGGCUUAGGCUUUGUGCUGGAAAAUACUAUUCAGCGACAUGUCGAUCAUAGUCCUGAGCUCGAAGCCUUCUCACCGUCUACACUAUUAGAAUUCGGAUACGGCCCCGAGACGAAGAUUCUGCACUCUGCCAUUCUGAACUUUUUAAUCAACGAGUUCCCCGCCAACUUUGAAUUAGACGCUCAAGUCAUGGAUGUCACGAAAAUAGCGAGGAUCCCAACCAGCGCCGGUGUCAACACCCCACCACGGACACGCGGCACUGAUAAGAUGGUGCCCACCAUUGCCAGAGGCACAAUGGCGCGUCAAAGCGCUAAGCAAACCCGUCUCUCUAGCAUCAAGUUCGGCGAUCUUCCUGCAGCGUAUCCGGAUGAUGGAACCCCCCCUCAUCGUGAACCUGCAGAAUGUUCGUCGAUCUUGUCGCGUAUUCUGCUCAACUUACCUUAUGAUGACUUGUGUCAAGUCUUGACAUCUGGAAGCCAUGGUGUUUCAGGUUGGAAUUCAGCUCAAGAUAGGUACCAUGCAGUAUCUGAUGUUGUGCUCGAAAGGGAAGCUAGGCGCCUUCGUGCCGUCGAAGCUGUCCGCUCGGAGGCUGUUCCCAAUGCUCGUGAAAUCCAAUCCCGUCUAUCUGCUCCACAUCGUUAUACUAUCGCCGAACCGUGGGAUGUUUUGAAUUGGAAGGAGGAGGUUACUCGUGAUGAAACACCGCGGAUUGUACGAAGAUGGAUUCCUCAGUUUGAUGUUGUACAACAGCCGACACAGCAGCGGGCACUGCCUUCCUACGAUAUCCCCGACUCGAUGGUUUAGUGGCCGAACUGGGGAAGAUGUGAUGGGACUCAUGACGAAAUGACG